UUAGAUGGAGCAGGUCGCCCGCAACCAGAUAUGUCCUAGAUGAUCGAGCAACGGUCCAGUAGUGAGCAGAUCGGUAGGCGGCACGAAUCAAUGUUAGGCGAAACGGCCAGUCGACUCUAGGAGCAUACUAUGCGCAGACCUUCCGAAAGAACGACUGCUCCAGCCAAACAGAUCUGGAAGGCCCGGUAGUUCUUUAGGCCAAGCACCAGGCGGGGAGAGACCCGUGCAGAUGCAGAUCUAGAGUAAUUGAGCCACGAGCGGUAGAUCGAGAGAGGCAAGACAGAAGCCAAGAGAGGCUGCAGGGGAGCUAUCCAAGGCGAUAUGACACGGCAGUGGAUAUACAAAAUAAGUGGGUUCAGUGCAUGCUCGCUUCUCGGGACGGCUGCACCAUACUGUACUCAUUUAAUCAUAACAAUUCCUUCUUGAUCGCAGAGCAGACGGCAUCACCGCCACCACCAGGAUCCAAGAGGGGGAAUACAAUACGCCUUGGACGCAGCCGGGGCGAAGGAGCGAACAGGGUGGCCAGCCGGAAGGUUAAAAUCGGGUCCUGGAAGACAGUGGAACAUCCGUCGACGACUUCCCAGACGGACAUCCGUUGUGCUUUUCCCUUUUGCUCCGUGGUCAGUAUUCUGACGGAGGUUCUUUUAACCAGGUUGAGAUUGGAUUCUGGCCAUCAAAGCCGGUUCGGGGGGGGGGGGGGAAACGAUGGCAGAGCCCCUGGCGGGAUAGCGCGUCUGCGGUGUGGUCCUCUUUUCUGGCGAAGCAGAGAGUACAGAGUAUACCGAAAUCAGAUGAGGGCACUGGGACUAGAACACGUAAACUUAGGUUGGCUCCGGGGCAGAUGGCACAGGCGAUCCGUCCCCAAGCAAGGGACAGUGCGAGACCAGCGACCAGAAGCGACGAGGAACGAUGGGGUGGACCUGAUCAGCUCCUUGCGGUCUCAGAGACGUCCACGAGGCAGAAUCAUUAUUAUUGCUAUUGAAGUCGUCCGGAGUGCCGGGGAGAAUGUCCAUAUUGUCCAUCCUGUAACCGAGGAAUCGACCCGGCCAGCCAACCCCCAGCUAAACCACCGACGAUGGAGGAUCGGUAAUAGUUCAACUAGAUGACUCCUAACGAUUCAAGUAAUGCUGUUGGUGGAACUUGCUGCACAAGGAGAAAUCAGGGAGGGCGAUGGCCUGCAGCAACUGGAGCUCGGGUGCGCCACUUGCAUGCAGCCUAGUAGGGUAAUCAUAAUACUCUUUCUGUCCUGAAAAAGACAACAACGAUAUGAUGAUAGAGAGAACAAGUCGAGCGCAAGAGCACGCAAGCUGCCCUGCGUGGAACCUGA